UCAGCUACAUGUGUAAAACCCCUGAAAGACCCGUCUCUGGCUGAAGAGAAUCAUGUCAGUGAAUUAAACAAACCAGGUAUAUUUGUGAUGCAAGAGCUGAGUGAUGGAAGACAUCUCUUUGACACAACAGAUGCUCCAGACGAAAGAACAGAAAAUACAACUUCUGAAUCUAACAGACAAAUUGAAAUGAAUUCAGAUGUGAUGGUUGAUAUUCAAGAGAAAACUACAAUGACAAUAGACACCAUUGAUUCUGGUGAUUCAAGUAUGUUCCGGCCAUAUCGAUGUGUGCAUGAAGGAUGUGUGGCUGCCUUUUCAAUCCAACACAAUCUUAUCCUCCAUUAUAGGGCUAUGCAUCAGUCAGAACGUGAUGAAAAGAACAGUGCUAAAGAAACUGAUGGAGUUGUCCAAGUGCAGGAAUACAGAUGCCAAGUCAAACAAUGUUCAAAAGUAGUGUCGAAAGUUACCAGUUUGUUGAAACACUAUCUUUUGCUCCACAGAUGCACAUUAGAAAAGGCAAGUGCAUUGUUAUCCGGUAUUGAGGUAGGCACUUUUCAGUGUGACCAGUCAAAAUGUUCUGCUCACUUUACGUGUCAUUUGAAAUACAUUGAUCAUAUCAAAAAUGAUCACAAAGCAAUAAAGGUUUCAGCAGAUGGGGAUUUUGAAAGUGUGGACCUCACAUUCAGGUGUCAAUUUGAAGGUUGUGAUAGGGUCUAUACAACCAAGUCAAACCUUCUUCGACAUCUUAUGAAGAAACAUGAUGCUACUUUUGAAACUAUGAAACAGAAACAAAAAAGUGGAAUUGGGAAUGAUGUUCAAGCAAAAAAGUUAAGUGCAAGUUCUAACAAUGGAAAAGAGAACAUUGCAAAUAACAAUACAAAAAUGAAAAAGAAGAAUUCAAAAAAGAGAGAGGACAAGGCCAAAAACCUUUUAAUGACCUUAGAAAAGCCUGCUCUUAAAUCCAUCGAUGAUGUAUCUGCCAUGUGCAAUCAAAGACUUCCUCUACAAUACCCAUGUAUGAUUGAGAGUUGUGAUUCAAUAAUGAGUGAUGAGCAGAGUAUAUUGAAACAUUACACCACUCAUGGCCUCACGGAACAGUACAUUGAGGAUCAAAGAAGCCAGUUCAUAUUUUGCAUGAAAAGCAGUGCGAUGCCCAGAGCAGAUAGUACCUCAAAGAAUAUUGAGGUGGAGCAAACGGUUUUUGAUGAACAUCACACAGAAAAUGGGAACGUCAGUCCUCAAGAUGUAGGCCCAGAUCCUGUAGCUGAGGUUCUACGUAAUGAAAGUUUCACUGCCACAACCAUACCUGUGGUCAAACGGAAAAGAGGUCGUCCACGAAAGUCAGAAUGUAGAAACAAAAUGUGUGUAGAAAGAAAGAAAAGUCUUCGUAACUGCCCCGGGGAGCAUGUUAAAUGUAUGCUGAAAGUCUCAGGAUCCAUAUUGAACUCAUCUAGCUGUCAAGGGAACCAAGUAGAGAAAGACGUUGCACUAAAACUAUAUAAGCCUUCAGAGUUUGAGACAUCUGUCCUAAAGUUCAGUGAAGACACUCCAGUGUCCAAUCCAUCAAAACGACAGAGAACACUUCAACCAAUCAUUCAAGAGAGAGAUCAAGUCCAAUGUCUUGUUAAUUUCAGAAAUCCACUAAAGAUUGAGAAUGUGAAGAAUGUUAAAAUUGUUAUGUAUGAGAACCUAUCCAGUUGUUCUGAACUUUUGCUGAAGCAACUUCAAGAUAUGCAGCCCAUGGUCAUCCUGGAUAAGGGGCUGCACAGUUGAUGGUUAGAUUAGAGACAAAAUCAAGGCCUUGCUCUCAGGACCACAUACUGUGUCACAUGCUGCUGGCAGGUACAUCUGGUUACACUCCCUUGCAUUUAUAGUAGUUCCAACACCUUGUUUGUUAAUGGAUUUUGAUUAGUGCUUUAGAAGAAAAACAACUUUUGUACAAUAUUUAACAUUUUGAUGUACCAUUAUGUUUGUGUUAAAAAAAACAUUUUGUAUUCCUGAAAUUCUCGGAUGAAUAUUAGAUGAAAACAUUUUAAAAAAUGUACAAUUUUGUGUAGGAUGAAAAAAGUUAUGAUAUAUCCCUGUGGGAUUUGUAUUCUUUGUUUUUUGUUUUUGUUGUUGUUGUUGUUGUUUUUUAAAGUAUUUAUUUUUAACUUAACAGUAGUGUCAAUGUACUUGUCUUCCACCUAACAUUCAAUUUAAGUAAACUGAAUGCUCAGUGUAAAUUGUGGCAUCCACAUGACUGCUUGGGGUCGGAUUGUGGUGUUUGCAAUUCUGAGGUUUUCUCCAGAAAUCAAGAAUGAGGUGAAAUGUUUCAGUAUGAACAUUCAAUAUAGCACAGAAUUGAAGGACAGAGUACAAAUAAAGGAUGGAAAAAAUAAAAAUGUUAAAAGAAUCUACAAGUGGAAA